UGGAAAGGGGUGGGUCUCCAAAAUUCGAGGAGAUUUCUUGGAGGAAUUUAGUGGGGAUCUAGGGGGCAGAGAGAGAUUUACGAAUUGAUAGGUGGUCGCGUUUUGUUUGGCCGCACGUCUUUGCGCCAGAGAGCAUUGAGUUUCCUUCUCUUAAGGGAUUAGUCUACACUAUGGCCACCAAGAGACUGAGGAGGGGUCGCUAUCCUGGCGACACACAGCUGGUGGCUUCAACCAGGAGCGCGUCCUGCAAGCAGAGCGUGGUUCUGGCGCACUGACCUGCAUGCGCCCGUUCUGAAGAGGCACUGGUUUAGAUUUAAGAGAUAUUUGCUUGGAGUUUCCAUAGUUUAUCUUUUUUUUUAUUUCACCGGUGCUAUAACGACCCUGUCGUUUUUAUUUGGUUAAGGCUUAACAAUGACGACUGAAAGCGCUCAGCAACAGCUGGACCCACAGCCGCCUCUUAGAUCCAGUCCGGCAUCCAGUGGCAUGCACGCGGCGACUCAGAGCGCACAAACAGUGCUGGAGAGCACAAAUGCGACCGGUACCAAAGGCAAAAAGUCGACUUCGGGCAUGAGACGUCCUGAAAAACCACCGUACUCGUAUAUCGCUCUUAUAGUCAUGGCGAUACAGAGCUCCCCGACCAAGAGGUUAACACUGAGUGAAAUAUAUCAGUUUCUUCAGGCUCGUUUUCCAUUUUUUAGAGGCUCUUAUCAGGGCUGGAAAAAUUCCGUAAGACACAAUUUGUCUCUAAACGAGUGUUUCAUUAAGCUUCCCAAGGGCCUCGGUCGGCCAGGCAAAGGCCAUUAUUGGACAAUAGAUCCCGGGAGCGAGUUCAUGUUUGAGGAAGGCUCUUUUCGACGCAGGCCGCGGGGUUUCCGAAGGAAGUGUCAGGCCCUCAAACCCAUGUAUCGUAUGAUGAACGGAAUCAGCUUUGGUGCUUCCAUGCUGCCCCAAAAUUUUGACUUCCAGUCCCCUUCCACGUCUCUGGCCUGUCACGCUAACGGUUAUAAUCUGGACAUGAUGAGCAACGCUGUGCCUGGCGUUCAUGCGGGCUACGAUGGCCUUGGUGCGAGUCACCACGUCUCACACAUGUCAUCGAGCCCGGGCUCUACAUAUAUGACGGCGUGCCAAGUCACCUCAAACGGCGAAUAUGGCCAGGACAGCAGCAACAGUCCGCUUCAUUCACCGCCGGCGAUGGGCGGCUCGUUGGAUUGCCAUUCGCCUUACGGAGCCGCCUCGGCGCAUUGGGCUUCAUCAGGUGUGUCUCCUUAUAUUAAACAGCAGCCACUGUCCUCCAGCAGCCCGACCUCAUCUGGAUUACACUCCAGUAUGUCUCCCUAUUCUCUGGAGCAGAGCUAUCUGCAUCAUAACGGCAGAGAUUCGGCCGACAUCUCAGUAGGAAUGUCUCGAUACCAAACGCACCCCUCGCCGGUCUGUGACAGAAAAGACUUUGUGUUGAACUUCAACGGUAUUACGUCGUUUCAUCCAACCACCAGUGGAUCCUACUAUCAUCAUCAACUACAUCAUCAUCAAGGAGUCUGUCAAGAUGUGAAGCCAUGCGUUAUGUAAACUACAGCAAGAAGGGUGUAAAUAAAGCAUGUGCGCGGGAUUAUCAGAUUGUGUGCUUGAGGCACACAUUAAUCUAUGAAGUAAUUGAAGCAAACGCAACGAAUGUGUUUAUUUAUCAGUGUGACUAGGAAAAACUAUGAAGGAACACAUUCGUUUAUCGAAACUAAGGACUGGGCCGAGAUUACAUUUUGGCAUUGAGGUUUAUUACGCAUAUCUACUACUAUAUAGGCUACUGUAACAAACCUCGACACCUUUGCAAAUGUGGAAACAAAAUGCUUAACAAAACCGUGUUUAUCAUAGUUCUUAAUCAAUCUUUUUCUGUUUGGAUUGGUGUGGAUAAGAAAAUAAGUUGUUUAAGUAACUGAUGGUAAAGGCACAGUAGGCUACAUUUUACACUUGAUAUUUUGCACUCGGCAACACGGCGAAAAACAGAAUUGAAAGCUCCAAUAAUUGUUGUUGCAGGCAAUAUCACGACCCCACUUAAUAUUUUCUUUGUCUAAAUAUCGUGUGUGUGUGUGUGUAUGUUUUUGUCAACUCUUAAAAGAUUCUACCUCUUAUAUUUAAAGGGGUGAAUUUAAGUUUUGAAAUCAUGUGUAAAGGGGGAAGAGACCUACGAAAAUCGUAAUAAAAUAAGACUGA